AUGGGCGAUAUUCAACAUCUAUCAACAGAUCAACACUAUAAGGAGAUAGCCACAAUUGCCCAAAAACGUCGAGCUGAUGCUUUACCCAAAGAAUAUCUUCUUCCUGGGGGAGUCUUGGAGAAUCUUCCACGAAAUGUUGCCAAUAUUCCAAGAUCAUCUGGUCAUUUCACAUCUGAGGAAUUAGAAAUUAUUGAAACAAGUGCGGAAGACAUACUUCAAAAAAUUAGAGAGAGGAUAUGGACAUCAGUAGAAGUUACCAAGGCCUUUUCUAAAGCAGCUGUUGUUGCUCAUCAAUUGACAAAUUGUUUGACGGAAAUUCUCAUUCCUGAAGCUAUCAAACGAGCCGAACUUUUGGAUGAUUAUCUCGCCAAAAAUGGUGAUGUAAUAGGUCCACUUCAUGGCCUUCCAAUAUCUCUCAAAGAUUGCUUUAUAACACCACCCCAUCCAUCAUCUAUUGGUAUGGCGUGCUAUGCCAAUGUUCCCACUAACCCAGAAGAUGAAACUGUUUUAGUAUCCUUAUUAGCUAAACUUGGAGUCGUUUUUUAUGUCAAGACGGCAGUACCGGUGGCAAUGAUGAUGAUGGAGACAAUCUCGAAUGUAUGGGGUGAAACGAAUGGUGCAUAUCAUACAGGCACCACUUCAGGAGGAAGUUCGGGGGGUGAGGGUGUACUCUUGGCUAUGAGGGGUAGUCCGUUGGGAAUCGGAACGGAUAUCGGAGGUAGUAUUCGAAUUCCAAGUGCUUUUAAUGGUCUUUUUGGAUUGAAACCCACUUUCGGAAGAUUUCCCAUCUAUGGUACUAAAUCGGGUAUAUCGGGACAAGAUUUCAUCUACUCAAACAAUGGCCCCAUGUCUAAAUCCCUCUCAACCCUUCAACUAUACUGUAAAGCCGUUCUAUCCACCUCUCUUUCACCCUGGCUAUACGAUCCCAAAUGUCUCCCCAUUCCCUGGCGAGAAAACACCAUCCAACCUCCCGGCCGCAAACUCCGCAUUGGAAUCAUCUCCGACAACGACGGCGAAAUCAGCGUUCACCCACCGAUCGCCCGCGGUUUAGCACUCGCAAAAAAAGCCCUCGAAGCAGCCGGUCACGAAGUCUUCGAGUGGGAACCUCUAGAUCAUCUCGAAAUGGCGAAAGAAAUGAAUAAUUCCUUUUACACCCUCGGCGGCGCCGCUAUCCUCGAACUGACGCGUAAACACGACGAGCCGGUCUUCGAAAGUAUGAAAAACUAUGAGUUUGCCUAUGAUCAGGGCGAACAUGGAACGUUGGGACCUACAAAAUUACGAGAAAUGAUUACGCGUAGAAAUGCUUUUCAAAAAGCUUAUCUGGAUCGAUGGACUCGCACUGGAGCUGAUGGAAAGGGAGUUAUGGAUGCGAUUAUCAUGCCUACGAGUCCCUGGACGGCCCCCAGAUUGGGGGUAACGCAGACGGAAAUUUUUUGUGUGAAUUAUACGGGGGUGUGGAAUUUGUUGGAUUAUCCGGCGUGUACGUUUCCGGUGACGUUUGCGGAUAAGGAGGUGGAUGGGAAGAGAGGGGGGGGAUGGAAGGGGUUAAAUAGGAAAGAUGAAUUGUUGCAGAAGGAUUAUGAGGAGGAGUUUUAUCAUGGGACGCCUGUGGUGUUGCAGUGUGUGGGGAGGAGGUUGGAGGAUGAGAAGGUGUUGGAGAUGGUGGGGGUUAUUGGGGAGGCGUUGAGGGAGUUUGAGGGUUGA